UGGUGUUUUUCGUGCUUUUAGCGAGUUUCUACAGUUUUUGCAUUUCUUCGGUUGUUGAUUUUCGGUUUUUGACUCUCUUUUGGACUUUGACUGUCGGCUUUGGAUUCGCUUUGUAUAUUGACUCUCGGUUUUUGACUCGUUUCUGUUUUUGACGCUCGAUUUUUUACUCGGUUUGGACUCCCGGUUGACCCUUUUCUGUUUUUGACUCUCGGCUUCGGAUUAGGAUUUGUUGUGAACCGGAAAGAAACAUCCUUUCCUAAAAUGGGUGUGAUUGGUGUUUUAUCAGUGUGUGUGGAAACACCAAGAGCCGUGUUCGGUGUGCCCCUCAUCAGACUGAGGAAGAGCGGACAGAUGAGGCAGGGUCUUCCUCUGGUGCUCACACACAUAGUGGAGUUUGUGGAGAAGCAUGGUCUCAGUGAGAUUGGCCUGUUCAGAACCUGUGGUUCAGUGAAACGCUGCAAGGAACUGAGGAAAAGUUUUGAUGAAGGAGGCUUUCCAGAGUUUGACCCUUGGGAUAUUCUUGCUUUGGCCUCCUUAUUGAAAGUUUUCCUCAGGGAAUUGCCUGGAGGACUUAUUCCAGAGCCACACAGAACACAGCUGCUGAAGGUGUUCAAGGAUUCACAAAAGGAAGAACUGAAUCAGGCUGUGAGGACCGUGCUGAACAGUCUUCCAGAGGAACAUUUUAAUGUCCUCUGCUACCUAAUGUUCUUCCUGUCCCGUGUUGCUGCUGAGAGUCAUCUAAAUCUUAUGACAUCUAAAAACUUGUCUGUAGUUUUUGGACCCAGCAUUUUUCACAUUCCUUUGGGCCCCACCAUGGUUGAAGAACAGGGGCAGUGUAAUGCUCUGAUUGAGCACCUGCUGGAUAACCUGAUCCACCUGCUGCCAAACAUGUACCCUCAUGCAUCCACCAGCAACACAGCAGAGGAAAGGGACUGGACUAAUGGAGAGUGUGUCCCACAGCUGCCACUCACAGAGAUCAAAUUAGAGCUGCCUAAAAUUGGAAAACGUGGGCGACUAAGAAAAAGAUUAAGAGGUUUUUGGAGAAAGCUUUGCUCAUGCACUUAUAGCAAUGACAUAGAGAGUGGAGGGGCCUUUUCAGGAAUACAGACCUGGAAGUAGGAGAGUAGAAGGCAAUGAGUCACCAGAUGACAAUAAAAUGGUGAGGGUAACUGUAAGACAACAGGGCCAGUGAGGACACUGGGGAUAGUGAGAGUCACCACAAGACAUUGAGGCCAGUGAGGUUCAUCAAAAGACACAGGGGCCAGUGAGAGUCACCACAAGACAUUGAGGCCAGUGAGGUUCAUCAAAAGACACAGGGGCCAGUGAGAGUCACCAC